UGUUCCAAAUUGGUUUGGCUUCUGCUUCAAAAUUCCUAGUUAAUUUGCAGGCCGGCGGACUGCCAACUGCUUUGGCAACGAACACACAAACACCGGGUGCGAUUUACCAAGAGACCAACACAGCUCGAUAUGGCCACCAAGGGUCACCCUAUAAACAGCGGCAGUAAGAACAGCCUGCAGAUGAUUCCGAGCGGUUCAACCACGAAUAAACGCGCCCGGUACGUCAAUCCAAUCUCGAAGAUCCGUUCGCUCAUCCACAAUCUGGACUCUGAGCUGGGACAGCUAUGUGGCCAGUGUUCGGUGCCAAAGCCACCGCAGGUUGGCAGCAACAUUAACAUCAGCAUCCACAACAGACGCCUCGGAGAAUUAGGAUCAGGAGCCAAUGCCCAGCAGAGAAUAAGCAGCCACUAUUACCAGGAGAGCAUCAAUAAAUUACUGACACAAACGCGUUCCACAUCGACCUCUGGCUCUAUCACAACAACACGCAUGCCACUGGCACCCGAUGCACAGAAGCGUCAGAUGAGGAACGUGUACCGAAAGCGGGUCACAGAUGCUUAUCGCAACCGAAAGAUAUUCACGGUGUACGGGAACUACCAUACAGUGCGCAGGGCGCUGCUGAGGCGGGGCUGGCUGGAGAAGCUCCCAGCUUCGCGGUACACCAAUCUGCAGAGCAUGUCUGAGGAUUCGCUGCUGGAGAAUGCGCGAAAAGGCAACGACUACGAGUCUGUCAUCAUAUCGAAGAUGAUCAACAAUUUUCCCUCGUUCUUCAUUUGGCAAGGCAAGGGUCAGCGCGAUCUUUUCUCGGAGGUGCGGCCAUUCCGUAAUCGGGUGAGGCGCAGCCAUUUCAUGGACUUUUCCACCAAGGUGGGCCUGGUCGGGUGCGCGGAGCAGGAGAGCUGGUAUCGCGAGGACGGUGUCUGCGGCAUGAGCUAUCCGCGCUUCUACCGCCUGGGCGGCAACAGUGUGGAGGAGCGCAUGACAUUCAUAGAGGACUACCAGCAGACGCAGGCCCGCUCCCUGCUGCACUACAUCAUGGAGCACAAGCCCGAAGAGCUGAUAGACACCGACAACGGAACUAUCAUGAGCUGCCACCUGGACUUAGCUCUAACCAAGGUCAAGCAAAUGGUGAGACAGGCGCAGCAUUGCUCCCUCGACGAUACUCGGGCCAAGCCACCGACACCAACCGAAGUCGUGGAAACUCACACGUUCAUGGUGCAGUCCGCGGAGGUGCUAAAGUCGAUGGCCAAGUUCCGUGUCAACGAGACGGUCAUGAGGGAGUACAUUCGCGUGGCCACCCAAUACAUCGGGCAGAUCGAGGCACUGCGUCCCGACUAUCGCUGGGAUGGCAGCCGAAAUCUCUGGAUCCUCAAGCCGGGCUAUCAGUCGCGAGGCAUUGGCAUUGUCAUACGGAACAGCCUGGAUGAGAUUCUCCAAUGGACAUCGAGCAAUCAGAACAGAAAGUACAUUGUCCAGAAGUACAUAGAGCGUCCAUAUCUGGUUCAUCGCACAAAGUUUGACAUAAGACAGUACAUGCUGCUGACAAUCGGGGAGUCAAAGGUAACCGUCUGGACAUAUCGUAAUUGCUAUCUGCGCUUCAGCUCGCAAGAGUUCACCAUGGACGAUCUGCGGGAAUCGAUCCAUUUGACCAACAACUCCGUGCAGAAGCGCUACAAGAAUAAGCUGAGCCGCGAUCCCCGUCUGCCGGCGCACAACAUGUGGUCGCUGGAUCAGUUCAAGAACCAUCUGCGGGAGGUGGGUGCUCCGGAAAAUACGUGGGAAAAGAUCUACAGUGGCUUUAAGCAGAAUCUGGUGGCCGUGGUGAUGGCAAGUCUCGAUGAGACGGAGCUGGUGAAUAACGCAUUCGAGCUGUAUGGCUGCGACUUCAUGCUGGACGAGCACUACAAUCCCAUCUUGAUUGAGGUCAAUGCCACGCCGGAUCUGUCGCCCUCGACGGAGGUUACUGCCAAGAUUUGUCCCGCUGCCAUCAAGGACUGCAUACGAGUGGUGGUGGAUCUGGCCAAGAAUCCCUUGGCACCUACGGGACAGUUUGAAAGAGCCUUUGAGAUCAACUACAGCAGCAACAAAGCCCCCGAUGUCCAGCAUCCCCUGGAGAUUAACGGCAAGCAGUUGACCAUCUUCGAGGAUCUCCCCAAGCUCAAGAACCCAAAUCAUACGCGCAUGCUCCACGAAAUACUCAGCAAUGUGAAGGUUUCUGCGGGUCGCAAGCUGGAUAAAACGAAGAAAGCCCCGGCCAAGGCAAUUGCUUUUUCCAAGAAGAAGAAAGUGCCGGAGCAGCAACAUGCGGGACCCAAAACGAUCUUGAGCUCAACAACUCGCGAGAAUUUGGCAUUACAGUAUACGUCAUCAAAGGGAUUUCCGAUGCCGGAGAGAAGAAUGGGAGGCUGUUGUACCUUUUCAAAGACGGCAGCAGUGCCCGCACUUUAGAAACUCAAAGAUAUAUCGGAACAGGAGCCGGAAUCACUGCCUAUAUAAUUAACUAGAAAGUAAAAACCUUUUGGUCCCCUCGAUAAGAAUAACAAGCAGAACAAAUGCAGAGAUAGGAAUACCCAGAAAAGAAAAUCAACACAAGAUCACAUCCCUAAAGUUAAUAGAGAGACGAGCGUUGUUCUUUAAUCAUUUCUGGUAAUCUCAAGAGAAUUCUGUUACGUUUUUCUUAGAGUAGAUCUUCAGGGGAAUAUCGUCUGCUGCCUGUGCACAUUAUAAUUUAAUCUGGUUUAUCUCUGACAAUUUAUAUUUCUCUACUACCAUAACUCAAGUGUCAGAUAGAAUUUACAUUAAACGUCAAGCUCUAAGAAUUUCCAGCAAA